AUGGCAGCCCAACCGCUGUACCGAGAUUCCCGGAGAUAUAUUGUAACAGUGCUGCAGUUUCCCAUCACAAAGCGGGACGUUCAGCACACUGCGUGCUUCUCCAGGGGGAAACACUCACUCUCAGGACUCCAUGAGGGCCUCCACAGUUUCACCUUCAAUCCAAAGGAAGGGAUUGAUAAUCCGGCUCUCGUCAUCAGUGAUGACCCUGAGCCAGACGCCUGCCUGCUGCCCCGGCUGUGCCACCUGAAGCGCCUGACCGAUCAGAGCUUUGGCUUUCGGCUGCGGAUGGACCUGAGCGGGCCGCAUCGUCUGUUUGAGAUCACCGACGUGAAGCCGUGGAGUCCCGCAGACCAGAGCGGCCUCCGGGACGGGGACCGAGUGCUGGAGGUCAACGAGGAGUCUGUGGAAAACACGGACUUCUCCUUGGUUACGAGGACGAUACAGGCAUGUGGCUUUCACCUUUUUCUUAUGGUUCUGAGUAGAGAGGAGUACGAACAGGCAGUGUGUUCGGAUGUGGAUCUGCAGACUCUGGCACAAGCCGUCAAAGGAGAGGGCUGGUCCAAACCCAGACUGUGCAACAUCGUCCGGGACCCAGAUCAGGGCCUGGGGAUGACCAUCCUUCCAGUGAACGGUCAGAAAGGCCAGUUCAUGAUCAGCACCGUGACUGAUGGUCCGGCAGAGAAAACUGGAGUCCUCAGUGGAGACAGACUGAUGUGGAUCAAUGGAGUCAUGGCGUCGACGCUCACACACACCUCCCUCAACAGAAUCGUGAAGAAGAGCGGGGACUUGGUGACGGUGCUGGUUGUGGAUAUCAACACUCACCACUCCUACAUCAGGAGGAAAAUGCCCCUCCUGCCCACCGUGGCAAAGAGCAGCGGCCUCUUGCACAUGGCUAAAACCAUACACCUGGUGAAAGGACCCGAUGGAUAUGGCUUUUUUUUGAGGCAGGAGAGGCAGCCGGUAUCACGGCGGCUAGUUCAUGUCCUGAGGGAUGUGGAUGUGGAGAGUCCAGCUGAGGCUGCAGGAAUGGAGGAUGGAGACCUGCUCCUGGCUGUCAACUGGGAGCUGGUAGAGACCGCGGCGCAUGAAGACAUUGUCAGAAAGAUCAGACGCAGCGGCGAUAAAGUCACCCUCACCACUAUGUCUAUCCCUGGAAGAGAUUUUUACAGAGAAAGAGAUCUCCCUCCGCUGUUGUUCCAUGAGCAGUUUUCUCUGUGCAGCGCGAGGAGCCGAGGGGAAACGCAGGCAAAGACAAACUUGUCCGCGGAGUCUGCUCAGACAGCGUCACACAAAACUCAGGAAGUCUAA